AUGGACCUACAGCAUGAGAAUAGCGUUUCUCUUCGUUUUGAAAGGGUUAUCGCACAAUUUUUGGAUGGAAUUCCUAGGCCCUUUCUCAAAAUUGUCUCAGAUGUGGAACAUGGCGUGACUUUUGAAUUUUGUUCGGUAGGGUUUCCACCGGACUAUACUGGUCUAACAGAAUCAGUUCAGUUUCCCGAAUUUCGAGAAAGUCAGUCUUUUGCUCCUAUUUGUUUAUGGUAUUGUGGUCCCUCAACACCCAGUUCUAGAAUGGGAGCCCAUUAUUCACCUUAUGUUGGGACAUUUCGUUUCAAUGGAAAGGGAGUCUAUCUUCAAAAAAAAGUAUCUGAUUUAAAACGAUACGUUGUGAGGGUUCCCACUGAGACUUGCGAACGAAAGGGGACGAUGUCAUCUAAAUUUGACCGGGAUUUGCGCACUUCGCUUUUUAUUGAUUUUUAUGAGAGAAUUGCAGAAAAUCAAUUAGUUCAUGAGAGAGAAAGCCUACGACGUAUCGUUGUUUUAUCAACCCAAGGUGUAUCUGAAGAAUACAGUGGUCUUGUUGAAGAAAUAGUCUGUGAGAUCAAGAGGCUUUACAUCAGAGCCUGCGGUCAUUUUAUGUAUCAAUACAUGAAUCGGAAUUUGCUAUUCCGUCGAAUUGUAUCCCCUCUAUGCUUAAGUGAGCCAGACAACGACUGUUUUACUUCUAAUGGGAAAGGGAAAACUGAUGAUUUUUGUUUUGAACUAGCGUUGCGUUUCAAAUCAUCAAUUUCCUACUUGGGAGAAUCGUUACCGUGGAGCAGAAGAACCCAUCAGUUUUUUUUAGACCUUCAAGAGUUAUGGGUAAAUCGAUUUGGUAGACUGGCUAUAUUUGAUAUUAACACGAAUCAUUGGAGAACAAAUGCUGAUGCAUUUUUAGCUAAUCUUGGAUUUUCGAUGCGAGCUGCUUUUACUCGGAUAAGAAUUGAGUUUUAUACUCAGUUAGAAAUGCUUUUAUUUACAGGAAAUUUGGGAUCGAUACAAUUUGCUUCAUUGGAUUCAAACACCUUGAGAAAGAGUGAUCUGGGACGCGUAUUCUUGGCAGUGCGUGUUUUCCUUGUGAACCGAAUCCGAACUCUUAUUUUUGAGGCACUGAAGGAUUUGUUUCAUUUUUUUACUGCUGUUGGAGAGGGCAUCAUAUCGCCCUCAAAAGCUCGGAAAAUUCCUCUUCUUGAGAUAAACCUUACUGUUGGUGACUCUGGUUUACCAUGUUCACCUUCUUUUGCAUUGCUACGCUUUGGUCUUGCUGAUCUUUUGGAUGAGCUCGUUGAUAGCUUUAAUAAUCUUCCAAUUCCAGAGGUCAUCAUUAUGCGAACACUCGACUUUGAAAGACGCACGUUAAACUCGUUUGACGCGGAAGAAUUACCUUUAAAAGGUGCAUUAAUUAAUUGUCUUGAUGUUACAGGGUCCAAAAUCAAUGAAUUAAUAAGAGAAUAUUCACUUUUUUCAACCCUACCGCCAACAAAUGGGGCUUACUUUACUCGGGCCAAGGAGGCAGUUAUAGAAGAUCGGGUUCGUUUGCUUCGUGAAAGCAUUUUGAAAAUUACAAAUACUUCUCCGGAUUUUGUGUUUUCUGGAUGUAUUGCUAUUAAUUGUACUGAGGUGAAAAAGUGGUAUGUGGAACACUGGACAAGGUAUUUGGAAAACUAUUUAACUACAAUACAAAGUGACAUUCUCUCAUACAUAACAGCAACGAUAGAGAGAUGCCGUUUUUACAACGCGUGUUUAAAUAAAGAGCCAAAGACCGUCGGGGAAUUGGAAGAAAUUUCUUGUGAAAUUAUUGAUGCUGAAUCCCGGUCAAAUGAGGUUAAAAUGAAAGACUGCAAUCGAGUGAUAGGAUGGUUUGAUUGUUUAGAGACUCUUCAGGUCUCUGUGGAUACGCAACUUUAUGCUGCAGCAUUGGAUUUGAUGCGGUGCCCAAACGAAAUGAUGCAACUGGUUUUAAGAUCCAAAGAAAUAUGUACUAAAAGUAAGCCGUCUAUCAUAGAGAAAUUGGGCGAAUUUCGAACUUCUACAAGGCUCCAGGUGACAACUAUAAGUGAUGGUGUACAGGAGCUACUGGGUUUAUUUAAUCUUGAAGUAUGUGAUAUAGCCGCUCAAACUUGCGAGGAACUUCGUGCUAUUGUUGAUAAAGUUUCUAAGGGGAUUGAAUAUAUAUCAUAUUGUGAACAAUCUUUGGGAAUUGAUCAAGUUGAUUCUUUUGAGGACUUUUUUCCUAUAGUAAGGACCUUUGAAGUUUUGGAACAAUUUUGGGGCGCUAUUUUUGAUUCAACUACAGUUCGGGACUAUUACAAUAUUCCCAUUAGCACACUUAAUGCCACACAAAUGAUCGAUCACGUACAACGCUGUCGACGUCUUCUUCACUUUUCCACACGUAACCUUCGGGCAUAUCCGGGAUUGGUGAGGCUUGGUCGUCAACAAGAACAAAUAUUAAAUGAUUUUGAAUGUUUGGAAGGGAUUCUUAUGUGUGUUACAGCACCAGGACUUCGAAAAAAUCACUGGAAAGAAAUAUCGCGGAUUCUUGGAAAGGAUCCUAAUACCAACUUACAAAUAGACUCUAAUGUAACGCUACAGAAACUACUAGAAUCUAGGAUUCAAGACCACUUUUAUGAGCUGAAGCAAGUGGUGGAUCCGGCUAUUGUUGAUUUUGAAACUGAAGCAUCUUUGGAGCGUAUGAAAAGUGAGGCAAAAAGGACUCGUUUUAUAUUUGAGAUUAUUGAGGGAACUGAGGAAGUUUUUGCUUUGUCUCCUUUAUGUAGGGAUUCUAUAUCUUCUCAAUUAGAGACUUUUUUGCUUGACUUAAGAGUACUACGCGAGCAUGUUUCAGUGAGCCAUUAUGUAAUUAAUUCCAUUAAUGAAUGGGAGGCCGCUGUUGAAAAAAUGCGAUGCACUUUAUCAAAUUGGAAUGAAAUUGAAUACGAAUGGAUAGAAGUUAUGUAUUUUGGCAUGACUCUUGAGGCAAUAAGUGAUGGGGAAAUUCCUGCAGUUGAAUCACGCGAAUGGAAGUUUUUGCGAGAGAAGGUAGGAUCAAUAAAUGGUAUUUUCAGCAUUUUGUACGCGGGUUUACAAAAAACUCAAUACACGCUCUUUACCGCCAUGAUACAGGAGAAUAUACAGGAACAACUUACUUUGGCAUCUACUAUUCUAGGUGAUAUUCGAAAAGUGGUAAUGGGCUUAUUAGACGCAAAAAGAGAGGCCUUUCCAAGGUUUUAUUUUUUGAGUGACAGAGAGCUGAUUUCUUUUCUUUCGGUAGUCAAUAACACAAAAUUGAAACAAUUACUUUCAAAAAUGUAUAGUCGUGUGUGUGACGUUGGAGUUGAGGGAAAUUCGGUUACCACAUUCAUUGCUGCAGACGGUGCAACACUUAAGGCAGAAGUUCCAAUUCAAUUAUCUGCAGUUCCUGUUGAUAGAUGGAUGAAGUCUUUUGAAAGGACAUUGCGUUCUUCCUUGCUUCAUGAAUUUCGUGCUUGUGUUGAAAGCCACUAUUAUGUUGAUUCCAGGACUUGGUUACGUGGUUAUUGUGUACAAAUAAUUGAUGUAGCUCUUCGGGUUAUUCAUAACCGAGAUUUACAUGAGGCCUUAUCGCUUGCAGGUAGUAUGGGUAUUAACGCUUAUGCAAGGCGUUUAAGGGAUCUUACAGAAGAGUAUAUAAGAAUUGCUGGUGCACAUAUGGAAAGUGGGGAACGACGGAUUGUUUCUAGUGUCAUUGUCUUUCUUUUGUGUUUUAGACGAGAAAUUCAAAUGGCUUUAAAAGCGGGUAUCCAGACAAAAGAAGAUCUUGACAAAACGGCAAUGUUAAGAACUUUCAUGGAGAAUGAUAGGAUUUUUAUACAAACAUUAGGGCUUCGUCUUCCAUAUGGUAUGGAAUUUCUAGGAAACUACACGCUUCCCGUGUUAACUCCUGAAUAUAUUGAAGGGGGAUUGUACACUAUUUUUUUAUCUUUUGCGGCAUCAUCUUUCCCUGUUAUUAUUGGGAAUCCAGAAAGGGCCUCUACGCUACAAUAUUGUGCAGAAUACUUGGGUCGUUUUUGGUGGUGUCUUCAGUGUCACCCAGCGCUUACUUUGGAAGGGAUCAUACGGGAUUUGCGUGGUGCGUUGGCUAUAGGGGCUGUAUUUUGCUUAAAAGAUAUAGACAUGCUUGAGAAACCCCUUAUUUUGCCCUUUAGCAAUCUUUUUCGAAGCAUUGAGACUGCAUGUCAAUCAGGAAAGCAGCUGUGCGAUGGCGGAUUUGAUAAAAUUGGGUUUGAAAUAAAAGAUACAACACAGUACGUGCAAAGGGACCCUUGCUUUCAAAUUGUUUUCACGGCACCAAGUACUGACAAAAUUCCAACGGGCCUUUCUUUUGCGUUUCGUCCUAUUUACAUAAUGCCCGUAGACCUCACUGUGGUUGCCCAAGGUGCACUUUAUAGGCUUGGGGUUUCUGGGUGGAUGACAGUGGGUCAAAGGCUGGCUUUGAUGUACGCACAACUCAUUGAGGUAUCACCUUUGAUUUUUACCGUUAAAAAUUUACUUACUGUAAUACGUGACACUAUUGAGUUUAACAAGGUACCAGUUGCAGAAAAUCUCUGUACCUCGUUCUUGAAUCAAUUUUGGCAGGCAGUUCGUACCAAUGAACGUUUACAAAAUCUUUUGGAGUGGAAUAUGCUACAUACACUUGGUGUUUCACAGGAUUUCUGGGAUGAUGCGUUGAGUCAAUUGAAAGCUUCUUCAGAAUAUGAGGCUAUCUUGGAUCGGUUCACUCGCUUCAUGAAGUCUAAUUCCAAUGUGGUGUUGUUAGGACCAGCCUACUCUGGGAAGACAAAACUUUGGAAAGGUUGGAUAGGCGAAUUACACCACGUCGUGAUUUCCUUCCGCUUGAUUAGUUGUGCAGAAAUCUAUGGUGACGCGUGUCACCCAGGAUUGCUUAGUUCCCUAGCCAAACAGUGGGACCCGUUGGUAAACCAUGUUGUUGUUAUUGAGAACGCGAAUUUUUUGCAAACAUCCAUUAUUUUUGAAACUCCAGCUUUUGUGAGGAUUCGCCCCCACUCGGGAGCAGCUUUUAUUAAGGGGGAGAGUGUGCGUCUCAUUGCGGUGGCUUCUGAGCUUAACGCUGCCAACCCACGUGUGAUGGUUGACUUUGCAAUUUUUGCUUUACCGGAACCCACUCGUUGGAAGAAGUUCCUUAAAGAACUUCUUAGCACUGCACCGAGUUAUUAUACGGGUGUUGCUUACCCUGUUAUGGUAACCCUGAUUGACCACAUCCUUGACACGCGCCACGUGCCCAAUCGGACGUCUGCAUCGUAUGGAAAUUUGUUCGCUGUCGCUUCUAGAUGUUCUCAGCUGUAUAAAAGAUGGUACGUUUAUGCCAAAUCACGUUGUGAGAGUCGUGAAGAGUGGAUUAGUGAUCAGGCCUAUGCCUUGCAGUGCGCUGUGUUUGCAACUACCUGGUCACUUGGAUUGCAUCUACAUGAAAGAGAGCGUCAUGUGUUACGGGUAGCCCUCGAAAAGUCUCAAUUGAAACUAAAUAGAAUAGCUAAAGAAAUUGGUUUUACGGAAGAUGUGUUGCCGUCAACUGAGGACGAUAUUUUGCGUUACAUUGCGACGCCCGUUGGGUGGAAGAAGAUGGACAAAGCGAAAACAGCAACAUCUGAGGCAGGAUUUGCAUCCAUGUGGAGCCGGAAAUGGGAUGGCGUGGAUAUUAAUCAGCGUACAUGGUCGCAGUUUUUCCCAUUUCCUUCUCGUGAGACAACCCUAACCGCUUUGGAGUAUUUGAUUGAUGCCGGGCAGUCAGUGUUAAUUACUGGAGAGAAUGGACAGGGUAAAUCCACCAUAUUGCGUCAAAUGCGAAGCAACGACGGGUGGGUGCAUCAGCUAGUGUGUAACAGCACCGCAUGCCGAGCUGUUGAGAUAAGUGAGGCAUUAAUGCGGAACAUGACGUUGCGUCAGUCCAAAAUAUAUGGGCCAUCUAUUGGACGAAAGCUAGUGCUAUCUGUAGAUGAUGUGAACCUUCCUGGAGAAGGACGGUUUUCACAGGUGAUGCAUCUUUUUUCUUUUAUUGAUCGCUUUUCCGCUAUAUUGUCACCAUCUCUUGGAUAUGUUUCCAUCGCCGAUGUUGUUUGCGCUGGGGCGUCGACGCCAGGGCCAUCGUAUGAAGUGGAAGUGGAAAAUGCUGUUGUGCGAGUGCGACUACCAGAGCUUGAAGAUUCUGAGAUUAUAGGAUCUCUGCAAAAACUUUUUGAUGUUGUAUGUGUGAAACGGCGUGGGUUAAAUGUUUCGAAAGACAUAGUCACAUUUCUUGUUGCUGCACAUUCCCUUGCACUAAGGCUGAUGCCCACCAAGCUGCGUGGGGAACGGACAAGCGAGGACACGACUGCCACCUUAUUAGGAAAUAACGGCAAUGAGAGUGUGCCUCAAGAAUAUGAGUGUUGUAGCAUUUCCGGGUUUCACAUGACACAUGGUGUUUGUAUCUCGUUUAUGCACCACUUUUUAAAAGUAUCCGAUAAAGCCUUGCGAUUUCUUUCGAACUCAUGGGAUGAUGCUGGGGCGGCAACGGUUAUUUUUAACUUUGUAUAUGCCUUUUAUGCAAAUAUGAUUGAAUACGAGGAGGAAAAAAAGCAGUUUAAAGAAGAACUAGAGUCCUCAGCUAACAUGUGCUUGAGAAAUUGUUUUACACCAGGUCCCGUCCGCUUCGAUACCGUUCAAGACGACAUUGAAAUGGAGGAAAA